AUGGAUGGGUUGGACUCGGGAUUCGGCCCCACUAGUUGGGCAAUUGCAAUUGGCAUCCGUAAAGAAUUGGCAGAUUUGGUGGAAUUUGGUAUUAAGCAGCAUCGGGGGCUAGCCAUGGGCGCGACUACUAGCCCACUAGCAUCAUUUUUGGACUGGAUAAGGCCGGGUCGCAUUGGCGCCUCAGUGGCCCAAGUGCAGGUGGCUCAUGUGGCCCCUGGCGGACAACCCGCUGGCCCUGCAGUGGCUUCACUGGGCUGCAGACGUCGUUUUCAGUGGCUUUCACUGGCCUUUGGCGGGGAGAUGGCGCAGGGGAAUUUGCAUGGGCCGAGGGGCCGCCACAGGGACAGGAGAGAGCACUUGGGCUCAGUCAAGUUUAGUGCACUCGUCGAGCCAGUGGCUGGCGCGGUUCAGGCUCAGGGGAUUCAGCGAAUGCAGUGGACGACCGAGCGAGAACACACACACAGUAGGGAGGAAGGAGGGAGGCACACACACACACAGACGCAGUGGAGUUAAGCGCACGUACAUUACAUGGCGCAUGGGGGAGAUGCCCACAGACCACAGACCACAGACCACAGGCGGAAGGAGCGGACGGGGACGAGGGUGAACGGUCAUGGUAGGGACGAAAGACCAAAGGGCCCAAGGAAGGAACGCCUCCGUAACCCUGCGGCGCCCUAGGCCACUCAUUGUCAUGGAUGCUGUCCCAUCGAACCCACGCCUCCCCCUCUCUCUUUCCCUUCCCGACUUCC